AUGUCUUCGUCGCGUUCCGGCCGCUCGGGAGGGUCAUCGAGCCACCAUCGUAGCUCCAAGAGUAGCAAGAAACCAAGGGCGGUUCAACGCUCAAUCCAACAACUCAUCGAGUCCCUAGAGACGCACAGGGUCAACACCCUCACAGAGCUCUGUCGCAUUGAGCGUGUGGCGGCCACCUGCGAGAACGAAGAAGACGCCCUAGCCUUCCAGGGCCCCAUGACAGCCGCCUGGGACUACUACGUCAACAGCAACCAGUUCCUGACGGAGCUCCGUGGCCUGACGCGGAGCUAUCCCCUCUGCAGCGACCUCCUCUACGAUGCUCACGUGCGCGUGCGCAACGAUCCCAACUCGAACAAGAGCUGGAACCUGGCGUGGUUGUGUCUGGUCAAGAUACAGGAAGAUGACCUUGUAUCCGGAUACGCAGCCCUGGAGGCCACGAAGCCCGAGAUGUGGGGAGGUCGCGAGCCGUCUACCGACGAGGCGGCCCAGCUCGGCGCCUGCUUCGAGUAUGAAUGGAACAAGGCCGUCGAAACGAUGCUACGGCACUGGUCCGUUCCCCCAACAUGGUUUUAA